GUUGGCGUCAUGUUAAAUGGUCGAUGAGUCAUGACAACGCGGAAAAAGAGGAACUAGGAAGACGUCGAGUUUCAAAAGGAGUCCGUUUCUUUCUAAUUAACCACCACAAAUUAAUCAAAUCAUAAAAUGUCUCACUUUAGAAAGAGAGAUUGGAAACCAGAUCAUGUCAUCAUGCAGGAGAAUCCACACAUUUUGCAUACCCACGAAGCUAUGGUGGAUCUGAUAAAUGGAAGAACCACUAAUUACACCUUUAUGGACGCCUUUAACUAUGGCCUGUUGGGUCUUGAUAUUGUCAACCCCUUCGUGGGUGACUAUAUUGACGAUGAAUACGACGAUGACAACGACUAUUAUGAUGACAAAAAACGCAAAGAUAAAAAAGCCUAUUGCGGUUUUACACACAAUUUUUUAGGGCAUAGUAGCUCAAAGCUACCCUUAACCCCCCACCCAUGUAUAAGACAACUCACUCCUGAGGAGGCUGAAAAAAACGGCAGGGAACUAAUAGAAGAAGAGAGCAAACUAAAAGAAAAAGCAGAAAAGAAAAGACUUAAAAAGAAGGUAUUUCUCUCUGUUCUCACCUCCCUCCCACAGCGACAGAAGGAGAGGAGACGUGCAGGAAAAGAAAAGGAGCCUGAGAAUCAAGGGCCAAGGAGGCCCAGCCGCUCGGAGAAACAGGGAGGAGAUUUAAACAUUGAGCGAGAGCAGCAGGAGGAGAAGGAGUUUACAGAGGAGCGCCUUGGUCCGGGACCUGGUGGUACUGCAGCCUGUAGCAGGCAGCAGGAGGCGCAGGAUUCUCCUUUGGAGGAGAACUGUGGUAGCAGUAAUGAGGACCAGGAGGACGUGGGAGACGAGGGCUUAGCCAGGGAGCCAGAGGAGUUGGAUAUGAGUAGCUGCUUCGUCUCUACGGCUGCUUGUAUUGCUAAACGACAACUAGAGCAGAACCCCAAACCAGAGAAGAAAAUUAUUAUCCAGAAGCAGGAGAAGGAACAGCAGCAGGAGAAGGAACAGCAGCAGGAGAAGGAACAGCAGCAGGAGAAGGAACAGCAGCAGGAGAAGGAACAGCAGCAGGAGAAGGAACAGCAGCAGGAGAAGGAACAGCAGCAGGAGAAGGAACAGCAGCAGGAGAAGGAACAGCAGCAGGAGAAGGAACAGCAGGAGGUUAUUGUCAGGAAAAAGGAGAAAAAGGUGGAGGCCAAUGUUGAUGAUAUUCUUAAACGAAGCACAGAGCUCGCCCUCAUAGGAAACCAGUUCGCAGCCUGUGGCCAGCUGGAAAUGGCAGUCAAGUAUUUCACUGACGCUAUUAAACACAAUCCUACAGAAUUUAAGCUGUUUGGGAACCGGUCCUUUUGUUAUGAGAAGAUGCAGCAGUAUGAUCGGGCCUUGAGUGAUGCCGAUCUGGCCCUCUCCAUGGAGCCUGGUUGGAUUAAAGGACUAUAUAGGAAGGGGAAGGCUCUGUCUGGACUCAAGAGGUACUUUGAGGCAUGCCAGACCUAUAAGGAGGUAUUAAUGCAGGACAGUUUGUGUUCAGAUGCUGCUCAGGAGUUGAUGAAAGUUCAGAUCAUGCAGCUGAUGGAAAUGGGAUUUACUCGUGAGCAGAGCUCUAAUGCGCUGAUUGUCCAUGGAGACUUUGAGAAGGCGGUUAAUGUCCUGUCUGGUAUUGAAGAUGAAUAUGGUAGUAAUGACUUUCCUGCGGCUGCCACCUCAGCAGAGGACAGUGCGACGUGGGAGGGAGUGGGCCCCAGGCCUAAACCUCUCCUCCAAACCAGACCUAAACCCAGAUCCACUACCCCAGGCCCUGAACCCAGAUCCACUACCCCAGGCCCUGUACACCACGUUGCACCGGGAGGGAGCACAAGCAGUCUGUUUCCUGUAUAUGUUGGCUGUUUGGGGCCCAACACAACACAACCAAUGCUACACAGCCUCUUCAGCAGUGCUGGGACGAUCCACAGUAUCAAAAUCUUGCGUUCUUCCAACUGUGCAUUUAUCAACUACACCGACAUGGACCACUGUGAGAGAGCCAUCAGGACUCUACAUGGUGAGGUGUUGAACGGAGUGAUGCUGGCUGUCCGUCACCCCGAUAGAGUGAUGCAGAAGAAACUGGGCUUGUCCCAAUUAGCUUUCACCCUCACCAACGCACCAGAGAAGAGUCAGGAGUGUUACUUCUGGAGAACCACAGGCUGUGUCCGACACAAUACCUGCAUCUUCAGACACGUGCCACAACACAAGGGCAUCGACAGGGACAAGGUCAACAAGUGAACAGCAGACAACCACACACCAAUAACCUGGUCCUGGAAGCUGGAUCAGAGGUCUUCCCCCCCAGGCUUACUUUUCAAAUAUGCUUUUUAAAAAAUGUAAAAGUUAUAUAAGUAGACUUCAAAUUCGAUAAGCUAUAAUUGACUCAACAACCAAUAAACAAAUCUUUUUUUUUUUUUUUAUCAAUUAGGAAAUGUAGUGUAUAUGUCGCUGUUGUUUUUCAAAGUUAGCUGGCUAAUUUGCUAAUCCUGUUUUUUGGAAUGGACCGCUGGGACAGAAUCACGGCUUCUACUGACAUGUUCCCUGUACUGACAUGUUCCCUGUACUGACAUGUUCCCUGUACUGACAUGUUCCCUGUACUGACAUGUUCCCUGUACUGACAUGUUCCCUGCUAUGUUCUCAUUCACUUUAUAUUGGAGAAAGCCUUGAUAUAUUGAUUGCCUGUUGCCUGUAUGGAUGCUAUUGUCAAACGACAUGUCUCUCUCUCCACGACAUAAGUCCUCAUCAGGGCCACACAGGGAGUUAUGUAGAUAUUCAUUAUGGAAGACGGAGGAGUUUGUUUUUCUUAUUCUUUCUUCCCACACGCUAGAUUUCCAUCCAGCUGGCGACAGGAUUUUCAUGCGAAGAUUCUAAAAACUGCACAAAAACAAAACACGCAUUUUCCCACCAAAGAUGUGUUUCCAUCAAAUUGACUAGUUGUAGAUAACGGGCUGUGUUUCCAUCAAAUUGACUAGUUGUAGAUAACGGGCUGUGUUUCCAUCAAAUUGACUAGUUGUAGAUAACGGGCUGUGUUU